UCUUUCUUCCUCUUGAGGUAUUGCAUAGCGGGGGCGAGAGAGUCCGUGAGCUUGAGAGCGAGAAACGCUUGCCGUUGGGGAAAAUGGUGAAAUUCCUGAAGCCGAACAAGGCGGUGAUACUCCUUCAGGGCCGGUACGCUGGCCGUAAGGCGGUGAUUGUGAGGGCUUUCGACGAGGGCACCCGGGACCGCCCCUAUGGUCACUGUUUGGUCGCGGGGAUCGGCAAGUAUCCGAGCAAAGUCAUCCGCAAGGACUCCACCAAGAAGACGGCCAAGAAGUCCCGCGUCAAGGCCUUCAUAAAGCUUGUAAACUUCCAGCACCUGAUGCCCACGCGCUACACCCUCGACGUGGAUCUCAAGGACAUUGUCUCUGCCGAGUCCCUCCAGUCCAGGGAUAAGAAGGUUACGGCCGCCAAGGAAACCAAGAAGAGGCUCGAGGAGCGCUUCAAGUCUGGGAAGAAUAGGUGGUUCUUUACCAAGCUUAGAUUUUGAAUUGGAAAGGUGUCAUUUCUGGCUUUUUUUGAGGAGUUGGAUUUAUUUCUGUUUCUGUUGUCUUUUCAUGAUAGUUUAUAUUUUGUUUAUUAACAAGACAGUUUUUCUUUUUAUAAGUAUCUUUGUAGCUGUCUUAAGGAAUAUUUUCGUUUUAAUCUGAAGUUUUGUCAACCA